AGCAGUGUUCAUCAACACACACACACACACAAGUGUUUUUGUUUGGUAAAGAAGUUCUUCGUGGCAGAGUGCAAUAAUUUUCCGAUUUGCGCGACCGUUUUCCGUUGAUUUUUCCUGAAUCUUGCAGGAACCAGUUCGGGAAUCCGAGAAGGCAGUUCAGUGUAAAUUGCAGACAAUUCGGAUGAUUUCCAAAAUGAAGCCGUUUUUUUCCACUGCAUGCUGAAUUGCUUCAGGUGUGACGGGUCCGCAUGGCCCGCGGUGUCGCCCGAGCGCCGUUCGCCAUCAGCUGUCCCGCCUAUCGCCAUGGUGAAGACGUUCCAGGCGUACCUGCCGCCCCAGUGCCAUCGCACUUAUUCGUGCAUCCACUGUCGCGCCCAUCUAGCCAAUCACGAUGAACUUAUCUCAAAGUCAUUCCAAGGCUCCCAGGGUCGAGCGUAUUUAUUCAAUUCAGUAGUUAACGUUGGAUGCGGUCCAGCUGAAGAAAGAGUUCUACUGACAGGAUUGCACGCUGUAGCUGACAUAUACUGUGAAUGUUGUAAAACUACUUUAGGGUGGAAAUAUGAGCAUGCAUUCGAAUCGAGCCAGAAAUACAAAGAAGGCAAGUUCAUCAUCGAACUGGCCCAUAUGAUCAAAGAGAAUGGAUGGGACUGACAGUACGAAUAGUGGUACCGUCACAAUGUACAGCGCCACCUGUAAUAGACUCGCGCUAAAUGCGAAUUUUUGUUUUUUGGACUGGACCUAGGAAAGAAUCUUUUUUUUUUUAAAACCUUUUCAAGUGAGAACAAAAAGACUAAAUCAAAGACACUUUAUCGUGCAAAGUGGAUAUAUGACGUCAAAUCGUAAACAGUUUUUUUAGGGAAGUAUGGGGUUUUAGUGGGCGAUUCCAAUUGUCAGUCAAUAAAAACUUUUUAGGUUUGAUUGUCCCCUGUAGCAAUUCGCCAUUUUAUUUUUUUCCCCCCAGCUAUGUAUUCAAAUUAUAUACAGACUAGGUACCUUGUUGCUACACUUUUUUGAAAUGUUUCAUUUCAUUUUUCUGUAUAGAAUGGGAACAAUAAAUGCAUGCAACGUAUGUAUCGUAUAAAAACUAAGUGCAGAACUUGAGACACAUCACAUAGGAAAUUAGAAAGUAUUUUUUAUAAGGCUGAAAAUUUUACUAUUGAUUGCGGAGGUUAAAAUUUUUCGUAAAUAUUCAUUUUUAUUCUUAGACAAAAGAAGCUCAAAAUUUAUCGAAAAACAUAAUAUUUUUAUACUGGACUCUGCAAAAAAAAAGAAAAUCAAAUAUUUUAUUAAAGACGCUGUGAUGUUUCUUAAUUAAUGCAAAAGGAGACUUUGUAAAGUAGAUUUAGAACGUGAACUUGAGCUCUGGAAGCACUCUGUGUUAAGAACGAAUUUUGUCUGUGUUAAUGUCUGUGGUACAAAUGAAAGAAUCUUGAUUUUGUUUUGUAAUUACCACUUGUCGCGCUUCGAAAAAAGGUUUUGCAUAGAUACGGAAUGUGUAAUUUUUAUAAAUGUUGAUGUAUAUUAUGAGAAAUUGUUAGUGGAACAGCAAGAAUUUGAAUACACUCAUAGUUCAAUAUAAAUGUAGGUAUUAUUAGUGGAGUGCAAUUAUGUUUGAAUCUUGAAACCCAGUUAGACUUUCCACAUAGAUCCAGAAUAGAUUCUCAAACACAAGAUUUUCACCUCAAUAGUGUCUUAUUGUGUUUUAGUUACCAUUACAUACAAGUUUGUGUGUAAAACUUCUUACUACACUCGUAGGUAAUAAGUAAUAAUACACAAACAGCACUAGUUAAAAGUAAAAUGUUUUAAAUUGGUAUAACUGGGUUUCUCUAUGUCUAAUUCUGCACUACAUUAAAAAUUUAAUGAGCUCACUUGACGGUUUUGGUUUGUUUUAAUGAAAUAAGGCCCUUAACAAAAAUUAGUGUCCUAUUUAUACUUGAUCUCUUGCGUUAAUAAUUUUUCUUUCGCCAAUAAAAAUUAUACACUUCAUAAUAAACUUAAUUGUAAUCGCAUAAUUAUAUUCAAAUAUUUUUGUAUUUAACGUAAUAAUCGAUAUUGUAAUGAUAAAAAUUGUAAUCGCAUUAAUUAUAAUAUAGGGACUUUUGUCUCAAUGAAAACAACAAUAUUGUAGUGUAUAAGUUUGUUUAUUUGUGAUAGUCUUUUUGUGAUAUGUUUUUCGUGAAUGGGAAAAAUUGCAUUAAAUUCUCAACUCAAGCCCUUUUUUAGUGUUUUAACUUUUAAAGGAAUGCGUAUAAUAAUUAAUGUAAUUUUUCUUUUAGUUUAAUUUUAAUUUAGAUUUGUUCCAACUUUGUUGAAUAAUAAUAUUCUACAAGUUUGGAACAUACUAAUUUUUUAAGUAAAAAGAAAAAUGUUAGGCGUUAUAGGCAUCACGCGUACGUCACUCACACACGGUUUUCAUAAUCAUACUGCCAGUAGGUGUUUAGAUAUUAUGGUGUCAUACGUAAGAAUUAUCCCAUUUUUUUUAGGGCUGUUGGAUCAGCGACUUGUUAACUAACCAAAUGUUUAACAAGUCAUCGAUCUAGGCUUCAGUUUUUUCAUUGAUUGAGGAAACUGGCCUUAAACUAAUUAUAUAUUUAUGAUAAAUAAUACUUUUGUUUUGUUAAAAAUAAGUAUUUAGCGGUUAAGAGUGUUUUUAUUUUAUUUUGUAAAACCUAUGGUUUCUUUUUUUAAAAUUUUUAGUUUAUUGAAUUAAUAAACUUGUAAUUAAAUAACAUA